AUGGGAGAUCUCUCAUCCCCUGGAACUUACGGGUUCGAUCACCACAACGUCCACGACUAUCAGAAACUAAUGGCGGAGGAGGAAAACGGACACGAAAAGAUCUCUAGGUCUCUAAGUAGUCCAAGUAGCUCUAAUUCUGAUGGGUUUGUGCUUCAGGCUAGUAACUAUCAGCUAGAAGAAGUUCACUCUUUGAUCGACUUCAAAUCCGGGGAUUACGACGAUCAUUUGAUGAAUGUCAAUGGAUCCUUGCUCAGCUUUGGUCAAGACGAUAGAGCUUCUCAAAGCGAUCGAGAUCAAUUCAAAGUUAAAUUUCACAAGGAAGAUGAGUAUUCUGUUUGGGGCAAGAAUGUGAUUCACAACAACAACAGCUACACCAAUUGCUUUCAAACAGCUAGUAAUUCCAGCCAAAGCAAUGGAGAUUGGUUGUACUGUGAAUCAAUUGUUGUCGCUGAUAGCAUCAAUCGUGAAGAAUCGAGCAGCGUUAAACGUCCACAUUUGGAAGAGAGCAUGAUGCAGGCUCACAAGAAGCAAUGCACCAGUUCUGGUAAGAAUCCAAAGCCAAAAGCUCCACCAAAGGACCCACAAAGUAUUGCAGCCAAGAAUCGACGGGAACGGAUUAGUGAGCGGCUUAAGAUCCUCCAGGAAUUGGUGCCUAAUGGUUCAAAGGUUGAUCUGGUAACCAUGUUAGAGAAAGCAAUAAGCUAUGUCAAGUUCCUUCAAUUGCAAGUAAAGGUGUUGGCAACAGAGGAAUUUUGGCCAGUUCAAGGUGGGAAAGCCCCUGAUAUUUCUCAAGUGAAGGAAGCCAUUGAUGCCAUCCUUUCAUCACAAAGAGACAGAAACUCCAGCUCAAAGUGA